AUGAUUGGAUUGGGAAUUUCGCUUGCACGGGUGCUUACAAGCUCUAAUGAUUAUUAUGGUGGAUCUUUUAUUGCCUGGUUAAUUACUGCUGCUUUAGGUUUUUUAGCUAUUGUUUUUGGAUUUAUUAAAUGGCAUAAAAGAGCAUCUCAGAAAUGGGUUAAAGCUUCGGCUAAAGCAAAGAAGCAAGUUUGGAAAAAGUUAAAUGUUCCACGGUCUAGUCAUUUAUGGAUUGAAGAUUUAGCUUAUGGUAAAAAGCAGCCGUCUACAUGUUGUGUUUGUUUGACUUCGUUGGUGAUACCUUAUAAUGGAAAUAGUGCGUUGUUGUGUGGUGAUUUUGUGCACCGUUGUGUUGUUUGUGGUGCGGCAGCUCAUUUUUAUUGUUCGGAGUUUGCGGUGAAGGAUUGUAAGUGCAUUGCACAAGCAGGGUCUAGUCAUGUGCGGCAUCACUGGUCAGAGAGAUGGUUUAAUAUGGAUGAGAAUCCUGAGAUGAAUGCCUUUUGUUCUUAUUGCGAUGAAUCUUGUGGUGUUCCUUUUAUCGAUGCUUCUCCAACUUGGCAUUGUUUGUGGUGUCAGAGGCUCAUUCAUGUGAAAUGUCAUGCUAAAAUGUCGAAAGAAUCUGGUGAUAUUUGUGAUUUGGGUCCACUUAGGAGGAUUAUUCUUUCACCACUCUGUGUGAAAGAAAUUGAUGGAGGAAACACUUUAAGUUUGAUCACGGAUGAAAUUAUAGCCUCCUCUGUUCGUGGGCAGAUGAGAAGAAAGCAGCGCAGCAGAGGCAAAAAUGGAAAUGAUCGCUCUGUUAAUAUUAAGUUGCAGGAUGCAUCAACUGCCAAUAGAAGCCUGGAUUUUUUGUUGAAUGGGCUUGCUGGAUUGAAGAGAUCUAGGAGCGACACUAAUAUGCACUGCUUAAAAAAGAAUGGCAGGAUAAAGGGCACACUUAAUGGGCUAGUGCAUAAGAAAGGUGGAACUGCUAUAUGUGAACCAGUUAAGAAAUACGUGUUGCUUGAUUUGGCUCAAGAUGCAAGGCCCCUUUUGGUCUUUAUUAAUUCCAAGAGUGGUGGUCAGCUUGGGCCUUUUCUUCGAAGGACAUUGAACAUGCUGUUGAAUCCUGUUCAGGUAUUUGAACUAAGUGGUUCGCUGGGGCCUGAGAUUGGUUUGGAGUUAUUUCGCAAGGUGCGGUAUUUUAGAGUUUUGGUCUGUGGUGGAGAUGGAACUGUUGCAUGGGUCCUUGAUGCUAUUGAGAAGCACAACUUUGAAUCUCCACCACCUGUUGCUAUUCUUCCUCUUGGCUUCUCAAUGUUUGAUGGACAAGGUGGCUUAAGCACACUUUUGCAAGAUAUUGACCGUGCUGCAGUUACAAUGCUAGAUCGCUGGAAAGUAAAUAUCAGAGAAGAGAAUUCAGAAGGGUAUAUGGAAAAGGAGCAAUCCAAAUUCAUGAUGAACUAUUUAGGUAUUGGAUGUGAUGCUAAGCUUGCAUAUGAAUUUCACAUAACACGUCAGGAAAAUCCUGAGAAGUUUAGUAGUCAGUUUGUGAAUAAAUUGCGAUAUGCCAGAGAAGGUGCCAGGGAUAUGAUGGACAGAGCCUGUGCUGACUUACCGUGGCAGGUUUGGCUUGAAGUUGAUGGGAAAGACAUACAUAUUCCAAAGGAUUGUGAGGGUUUAAUUGUGCUGAACAUUGGCAGCUAUAUGGGGGGUGUAGAUCUUUGGCAAAAUGACUAUGAGCAUGAUGAUGAUUUCAGUCUUCAAUCCAUGCAUGAUAAAAUGCUUGAAGUUGUGAGUGUCUGUGGAGCGUGGCACCUUGGCAAACUUCAGGUUGGACUUUCACAAGCUAGGAGGCUAGCACAAGGGAAGGCCAUCAGAAUACAUGCUUCAAGUUCUUUCCCAGUUCAGAUAGAUGGGGAACCAUUCAUCCAUCAACCUGGUUGCUUAGAAAUAACACAUGAUGGACAGGUAAUUUUUGUCUCGUCUCUUAUAAUUCACUUGAUGCUCACACGAGGCUUGGCUAAUGGCAUCCGGCUUUUCAUUGCGCACCUAAUCUCAUAG